AGUUGUUCGGUGAAGUUCGGGUAGAAUGUCGGCGGAGCUGGAUCGGACUCCCCGGAACCUGCUGCUGUGUGAGCAGUCCAGUCUGCUGGACGAGAAGAACCGGCUCAGUGCGCAGGUGCAGCAGCUGCAUUUCAGCUACAAGGUGUCUGUCUUGCUACCUGAGUGUAGCUCCGCCCCCUCCCAUCUGGACUCGUUGUUGAGUAGUUUCAGCAGCUUCUACCUAAUCAGGAACCUGCCCAUAUAUGAACUACUGGACAAAGACUUCCUGCAGAAGGCCGUGUACCCAGGUGGUGUGUAUGGACUGUCGUACAGAACCAGAAUCGAUGAAGAUAAUUGUGUUGCUUUGAUGCCAAAUGGUCACCUGUGUCUCUCUCUGGAUAAGGACUCCUUUGAGUUGUUGGGGUUCGAAGGAAAACCGUGUAGAUUCAACCACAGAAGCAGAAGCAGAUUUGUCGUAUCUAUCGACCUGACUGACAGCAGCAUGGCACCUGGUGGGCGGGGCUACCUGAGGCUCCUCGCAGGUCUGAGGUCCCGCCUUCACCUGCACACUGACUUCCUGCUGUCGCAUCAUCCAGGGGGCAGGGCGUGUCUGCAGCCCCUCCUGUUGCGAUACGAUUGGUCAGAGCACACACCUGAGGUCAGUCGCUGCCAUCUGACCAACCUGUCGUGCCCCGUCCUGCAGUCCUGUGACCCUCACAGCCUCCUGGAGUGGCUUGGAACAGUGGACGCUGAUGUCAGCCGGGAGAACUCGUCCAGCAGCUUCCUGUCCUCGCUGGUGUGUCCUGACCCGAACACUACGCUCAGCAGCGCUCUGCGUGUGUCUGUCUGCGGCCUGCUGCUGCCGCCGGACAUCCACCGCCUCAUCCAGGAGCUCAGGCAUUACCUGGAGCGGCCUCUGUUGGGAUCCUGGGUGUCCCUGACGGUCCACGGGUUUGUCGACAGUCCGGUAUCGUGGGGGGACAGCGAGCAUGGUGUCCUGAGGGGAGGAGAAAACUUCUACACCCUGCUGAUGUUCCACGACCACAGCUACCAGCUACACCUGGCCACAGGAGCACAUGACACCUGCCCGCCGUGACACUCGUCCCUUUUCUUUGUGUUAGUUUCGUUGUAGAAACAUUUUGAGCUCCAGUCACAGUAAAACCACAUUUUGUUCUGUUCAGCUUUUUUAAUAAACUGACUUUGGUUUGAGGUGAAUAAAACUCUUCAGUGACAUUAAA